AAGCGCGGGCGGCGCCGGCGCGGCCGAGGAGUGCGCGGGGCUGCGGACGGAGCGCCGGGCGGCAGGCGGGCCCUGAGGAGCCCCAGGCCUCGGCUCGUCCCCUCCUGCAGCGGGCGGUCUGAGCUCCGGCCCGACGGCCUCCCUGCACCGCCGGGAACAGACACGACGAACCCUGGGUGAGUGAGUGCUGCACGACCAACAGGCACAAUGAACGGCCACACCUCUCCUCCUCCUGAUGUCCUGGUCAUCAAUGGCACCGAGCCACCCACUGUCCCCAAAACCUUGAAGACCGUGUUGGGAGCCAGCACCCCUUCUGGGCUCCGAGCUGAGGCCACCUCAUCCACCCAGCCCAAGGGCAUUGCUGGGGUGCUUGUGGAGGCCUCAGGCCAGACCUGGAGUCUCUAUGCUGCCAUGAAGCAGGGCCUCCUGCCCACUGGGCUUGGGCUGGCUCUGCUGGAGGCCCAGGCAGCCACUGGGGGCCUUGUGGACCCCACCCAGGGCCAGCUGUUCCCUGUGUCUGAGGCCCUGCAGCAGGGCCUAGUGGGCCUGGAGCUGAAGGAGAAGCUGUUGGUUGCUGAGUGUGCAGUCACUGGGUACCCUGACCCCUACGGGUGUGGGAGGCUGGCUCUCUUCCAGGCCAUCGGGAAGCAGGUUGUGGACAGGGCACGGGGGUGGAGCUGGCUGGAGGCCCAGCUGGCUACUGGGGGCCUGAUAGACCCCGUCCAGGGUAUGCGCGUGGCCCCAGAGCUGGCCUGCCAGCAGGGCCUCCUGGACCAGGAGGUGUGGCAGGGCCUGGCAGAGCGCAGGCCCAGUUCCGGCAUUCCGGGCUUCAUGGACCCCAACACACUAGAGCAGCUGCCCUACAGCGAGCUGCUAGGGAGGUGCGUGCGGGCCCCUGGCUCAGGGCUGGCCCUGCUGCCCCUCAAGACCACUUUCCGCACCCUGAGCGGGGCAGUGAGCUUGGCUGAGCUGCUGGAGGUAGGGAUCCUAGGCGAGGGUACAGCCCAGGACCUGCGGGAGGGCAGGCUGGCUGUGGCGGAUGUGAGCGCGCGAGCCGAGGUGCGCCGCUAUCUGCAGGGCACUGGUGGAAUGGCGGGUGUCGUCCUGCUGCCCUCCAACCACAAGAAGAGCUUCUUCCAGGCCGUCACUGAGCACCUGCUCCCCCUGGGCGCUGCUCUCCAGCUCCUAGAGGCUCAGGCUGCCACCUGCACACUGGUGGACCCAGCCACUGGCCGGCAACUGUGGCUGGAUGAGGCAGUAAGGACGGCCCUCAUUGGCCCAGAGCUCUACAGGCAGCUCCUGGUGGCAGAGCAGGCAGUGACUGGGUACCAUGCCCCCUUCAGUGGCACGCAGGUCCCCCUUUUCCAGGCUAUGAAGAAGGAGCUGGUGGACAGGCCUCUGGCACUACGGCUUCUGGAUGCCCAGCUGGCCACAGGCGGGCUAGUGUGUCCACCCCGCAGGCUCCGGCUGCCCCUGGAGGCUGCUCUGCGUUUUGCCUGCCUGGACAAAGAGACAGAGCAGUGCCUCUCUCAGACCACUGACUUCCUGGACCCCAGCACAGGGGAGAGGAUUGGUUAUGGGCAGCUGCUGGCCCGCUGUGUCACUGACCCAGAGACAGGGCUGGCCUUCCUACCCAUCUCAGGUGGGGCCCUUGGAGAGGAGCCACAGGGGCCCCCGUUCAUUGAGCACAGCACCCGGCGGGCCUUGAGUGCGGCUAUGGCCACUGUCUCUGUGGGCAGGUUCCAGGGCCAGCCCAUGUCUCUCUGGGAGCUGCUCUUCUCCGAGGCCGUCCCAGUGGCACAAAGGGCAGCACUGGCCCAGCAGCACAAGGAGGGGGCCCUCUCAGUGGGGGAGCUGGCAUCUGCACUGACCACUAUUCUUGAGCAGGCUGCAGCCGCUGCCAGGACCACCUUUGCUGGGCUAAGGGUCCCUGUGACAUCUGGAGAGCUGUUGAAAGCAGGGAUCAUUGACAAGGAUGUGUAUGAGCAGCUGGAGCGAGGGGAGACCACAGCCCAGGAAGUGGGCGGCCGGGACUCUGUGCGGAGGUACUUGCAGGGCACCAGUGGCAUCGCUGGCCUGCUGCUGCCCGGCUCCCAGGAGCGGCUCAGCAUCUACGAGGCUGGUGGGAAGGGGCUUCUCAAGCCGGACACAGCCCUCGUCCUCCUGGAGGCACAGGCAGCCACAGGUUUCAUUAUCGACCCAAAAGAAAACAAGAGAUAUUCCGUGGAGGAGGCGCUGAGGACUCUCGUCAUCGGGCCCAAUGUGUUCACCAAGCUGCUGUCGGCCGAGCGCGCCGUCACCGGCUACACCGACCCCUACACCGGCGAGCGGAUCUCCCUGUUCCAGGCCAUGAAGAAGGGCCUCAUCGUGCGGGACCACGGCAUCCGCCUGCUGGAGGCCCAGAUCGCCACGGGCGGCAUCAUCGACCCCGUGCACAGCCACCGCCUGCCCGUGCACGUGGCCUACGAGCGCGGCUACUUCGACGAGGAGAUGAGCCGCGUCCUGGCGGACCCCGGCGACGACACCAAGGGCUUCUUCGACCCCAGCACGCACGAGAACCUCACCUACCGGCAGCUGCUGGGGCGCUGCGUGGAGGACCCCGAGACGGGCCUGCGCCUCCUGCCACUCAACCCCACACAGCCCCAGCUGGUGGACAGUGCCACCCGGCAGGCCUUCCAGAGCCUGCUGCUGUCAGUGAAGUAUGGGCGGUUCCAGGGGCAAAGGGUCUCUGCGUGGGAGCUGGUCAACUCGGAAUACUUCAGCGAGGACCGGAGGAGGCAGCUCCUGCAGGACCACUGGCUGCACAGGGCCUCCCUGGAGCAAGUUGCACGGCUCCUGGAGAGAGACAUGGAGAGGUGGGCGGACAUCACACUGCCCACACUGCGGGGCCGAGUCACCGUCCACCAGCUCCUGGAGGCCCACAUCAUUGACCAGAAGCUCCUGGACCGGGUGCUGGCAGGGGCAGUCAGCCCUGAGGCCCUUCUGCGCAAGGACAGUGUCCGCAAGCACCUGAGCGGCCUGGGCGCUGUGGGUGGCGUGCUGCUGCAACCCUCCAGCCGGCGGCUCAGCCUCUACCAGGCCAUGAAGCAGAUGCUGCUGGGACCAGGAGUGGCCCUGGCCCUGCUGGAGGCCCAGGCAGCCACUGGAGCCAUUAUUGACCCCCAUAGCUUGGAGACCCUGUCGGUGGACGAGGCUGUGCGCAGGCAGCUUGUGGGGCCAGAGCUCUAUGGCAGGCUGAGGUGGGCCGAGGGUGCCGUCACUGGAUUCAGGGACCCCUUCUCUGGGACAUGUGUGUCCCUGUUCCAGGCCAUGAAGAAGGGCCUUGUCCCUGUGGAGCAAGCCAUCUGCCUCUUGGAGGCCCAGGUAGCCACCGGAGGGGUCAUUGACCCCAUAGGCCACCACCACCUCCCCAUUCCUGUGGCCACCCAGCGUGGCUGCAUUGACCAGGAGAUGGAGACAGUCUUGUCCAGCUCCUCUGAGACCUUCCCCACGCUGGACAGCCGGGGACGCACCAGCUAUGCCCACCUCCUAGAGCAGUGUCUGAGGGAAGAGGGCUCUAGCCUUCAUCUCCUGCCCCUUCUGGAAAGCUCUCCUGCUGUCCUCACAGAUGAGCAAGUCCAGGAGACCCUGCAGGCCACACAAGGGACUGAGGAUGGCACAUCCCUCUGGGAGCUGCUGGGCUCCUGGCACUUCACCGAGCAACAGCGGAGGGGCUUCUUGGAGGACUUCAGGGUGGGGAAGACCACCGUGCAGCAGCUGCGGGUGGCCGUGCAGAGGUGGGUGCGGGGUGCAGAGCUCCUGCUGCGGGCCCGUGUAACAGUGCCUGGCCCACGUGGCGAGCUUCCUGCCAUCUGGCUGCUGGAUGCCGGCAUCAUCACCCAGGAGACCCUGGAAGCACUGGCUCAAGGCACCUGCUCAACUGCGGAUGUUGCUGAGCAGCCGGUGGUGAAGGCCUGCCUAUGGGGCACAGGCUGUGUGGCCAAUGUACUGCAGCCCUCAGGGGCCAAGGUGAGCAUUGCCCAGGCUGUGAGGGACGGCCUCCUGCCUGUGGGCCUGGGGCACAGACUUCUGGAGGCCCAGGUCGGGUCUGGAUUUCUUGUCGAUCCUCUGACCAACCAGAGGCUGUCAGUGGAGGAUGCAGUCAAGGCUGGCCUGGUGGGUGGGGCACUGACUGAGCAGCUCCAGAGGGCCGAGCAGGCAGUGACUGGGUAUGCAGACCCUGACUCAGGGUGUUGCCUCUCACUGUGGCAGGCUAUGGAGAAGGGAUUUGUGCCCUGGAGUGAGGGCCUCCCACUCCUGCAGGUGCAGCUGGCCACAGGGGGCAUAGUGGACCCUGCCCAUGGGGUGCACCUGCCCCAGGCAGCAGCCUGUAGGCUUGGCCUCUUGGAUGAGCACACAGGCCAGGCACUGACUGCGACAGAUGAGGACAACAAGUUCUUCUUUGAUCCCAAUGCUCAGGAAAAGGUGACGUACCAGCAGCUCAAGGAGCAAUGUGUCCUGGAUGCCAGCACUGGCCUGUGGCUGUUACCACUCCAUGAGGACGUGGUGUUUGAGGCAGACAACCACACAGUGGUGGCCCUGAAGGCCAUGAAGGUGCCUGUCUGUGCCGGGAGGUUCAAUGGUCUCACUGUGUCUCUCUGGGACCUACUGCACUCAGAGUACAUUAGCAUUCACAAGCGGCAAGAGCUAGCAGCUCUCUGCCAGUCUGGAAGGGCCACAGCCCUAAAGCAGGUGGUCAGUGCUGUCACUGCCCUGGUCGAAGACUCAGAGAGGCAGCCCUCAGAAACUGCCUUGAGAGGGCUCCGGAAGCAGGUGUCAGCCAGUGACCUCUUCAGGUCCCAGCUGAUCGACAAGAAGACGCUGGAUGAGCUGAAUCAGGGCAGGAGGACUAUGAAGGAGGUGGCAGAGAUGGACAGCGUGAGGCAGUUCUUCGAAGGAGGCAACUUCAUCGCUGGGGUCCUCAUACAGGGCACAAAGGAGAAGAUGAGCAUCUACCAGGCUAUGUGGAAGGGCGUCCUGCGGCCGGGCACGGCCCUGGUGCUGCUGGAGGCGCAGGCAGCCACCGGCUUCAUCAUCGACCCCGUGCGCAACCAGAGGCUGUCCGUGGAGGAGGCGGUGGCCGCGGGUGUGGUGGGCGGCGAGAUCCAGGAGAAGCUGCUGUCAGCCGAGCGCGCCGUCACUGGCUACACCGACCCCUACACCGGCGAGCGGAUAUCCCUGUUCCAGGCCAUGAAGAAGGGCCUCAUCAUGCGGGACCACGGCAUCCGCCUGCUGGAGGCCCAGAUCGCCACGGGCGGCAUCAUCGACCCCGUGCACAGCCACCGCCUGCCCGUGCACGUGGCCUACGAGCGCGGCUACUUUGACGAGGAGAUGAGCCGCGUCCUGGCAGACCCCGGCGACGACACCAAGGGCUUCUUCGACCCCAGCACGCACGAGAACCUCACCUACCGGCAGCUGCUGGGGCGCUGCGUGGAGGACCCCGAGACGGGCCUCUACAUGCUGCAAAUUGUAAAGAAAGGAGAAACCUACACAUGUAUUAAUGAAGCCACAAGGCAAGUUCUGCAAUCCAAAACUCUGGAAAUUCAUGUGGGAAGGUUUGCUGGUCAGAUGGUCUCUUUCUGGGACUUGCUGUCCUCCGAAUACUUCACAGAGGACAGGAAGCACGAGCUUGUUCAGGAGAUCAGAGCCCAGAAUGUGAACACAGAGCAAUUGGUGGCAAUCAUCACAGCUACAGUUGAAGAGACAGAAAAGCAAAACGCAGUCAUCAAGGUGGCAGGCAUUGGCGGGGAGGUGUCAGCUGCAGAGUUAUUCAGCUCUGGAAUCAUUGAUAAAAAGACGCUGGAUACACUGUGCAGAGAAAAAGGCAGGGGGCAGGACCUCAGCAGGCUGGAGCACGUGAAGAGCUAUUUGGAAGGAAGGGGCUGCAUCGCGGGGGUGACCACACCCUCCACACAUGAGGUGAUGAGCUUCUAUGAGGCCAGCAGAAGAGGACUGAUCCCCGUCGGGUUUGCGGCUCAGCUCCUAGAGGCACAGGCUGCCACAGGAUUCAUACUGGACCCCUGCAGCCACCAGAGGUUUACUGUGCACGAGGCUGUGGCUGCUGGUCUGGUUGGGAAAGAGUUGCAGGAGAGGCUCCUGGAUGCUGAGAAGGCUGCCACAGGUUACGUGGACCCGGCCACUGGAGACACACUCUCCCUGUUCCAGGCCAUGAAACGGAAAUUAGUCGAAUGGGAGGAGGGGCUUAGACUGCUCGAGGUGCAGGUGGCCACGGGGGGCAUUGUUGACCCCCUGCACCACCACCGGGUCCCGAUGGACACAGCCUACAGACGUGGCUGUCUGGCCCAGGACAUGAGUGCACUUGUUUCGGAUCAUAAAUGCAUAAAUAAAAGGUUUGUGGAUCCCAACACCCAAGAGAAGGUCACAUACCAGGAGCUACAGGACAGGAGCAAACGGGCACCAGGGACAGGCUGGGCUCUGUUCCCUGUCAUCAGCAGAGGGAAGGACUGCCCGUACAUAGAGGAGGCAACAAGAAGAGCGCUUGAGGCUGAGUGGGUGGAAGUCACCAAGGGAAGGUACAAAGACCAAAGGCGAUCGGUGUGGGAGCUUUUGAACACCGGAUAUGUGACAGAGGACAAGAAGCUUCAGUUAGCAGGAAAGUACAGAUCAGAAUUCAGACAUGCACUGGAACAUGUGGCACAAAUUAUUUCAGAAACAAUCAAUGAAAAGGAGAAGAACAAAAAACAAUUAUGGUUCAGAGGCAUUCGAAGACAGAUCACAGCCUCUGAGCUGUUUCACUCAGAUAUCAUCGCUAAAAGCACAUUAGAGGAACUGGAGAGAGGAUGUCGGUCAGUGGAAGAGCUUAGAAACACUGAAGAGGUGAAACGCUACCUGGAGGGCACGAGCUGCAUCGCGGGCGUGCUGGCGCCCGCCAAGGACGAGCCCGGGCGGCAGGAGAAGAUGAGCAUCUACCAGGCCAUGUGGAAGGGCGUCCUGUGGCCGGGCACGGCCCUGGUGCUGCUGGAGGCGCAGGCGGCCACCGGCUUCGUCAUCGACCCCGUGCGCAACCAGCGGCUGUCCGUGGAGGAGGCGGUGGCCGCGGGCGUGGUGGGCGGCGAGAUCCGGGAGAAGCUGCUGUCGGCCGAGCGCGCCGUCACCGGCUACACCGACCCCUACACCGGCGAGCGGAUCUCCCUGUUCCAGGCCAUGAAGAAGGACCUCAUCGUGCGGGACCACGGCAUCCGCCUGCUGGAGGCCCAGAUCGCCACGGGCGGCAUCAUCGACCCCGUGCACAGCCACCGCCUGCCCGUGCACGUGGCCUACGAGCGCGGCUACUUCGACGAGGAGAUGAGCCGCGUCCUGGCGGACCCCGGCGACGACACCAAGGGCUUCUUCGACCCCAGCACGCACGAGAACCUCACCUACCGGCAGCUGCUGGGGCGCUGCGUGGAGGACCCCGAGACGGGCCUCUACAUGCUGCAGCUGGCCGGCCGGGACUCCGCCGUGCACCAGCUGAGCGAGGAGCUGCGCGGCGCCCUGCGUGACGCCCGCGUGACGCCGGGCUCGGGCGCCCUGCAGGGCCAGAGCCUCUCCGUCUGGGAGCUCCUCUUCCGUCGGGAGGUUCCCGAGAGCCUGCGGCAGGACCUGCUGCUCAGGUGCCAGGCGGGCACGCUGACCGCGCAGGGGGUGGCCGCCGCCCUCACCUCGCUGGCGGCCCGGGCCGAGGACGGGGUCCCGCUCCCGGCCCCCCCGGACCCUCGGGGGGCCCUGAGUGCCGCCACCAUGGAGGUCAAGGUGGGACGCCUGCGGGGGCCGGCGCAGCCCGUGUGGGACGUGCUGGCGUCCAGCUACGUGGGCGGCGCCACGCGGGAGCAGCUGCUGGCCCAGUUCGGCUCGGGGACGCUGGGCUUGCCCGCGCUGACCCGCAGGCUGACCGCCAUCAUCGAGGAGGCCGAGGCGGCCCACGGGUCCGAGCGCGCACAGGGGCACGCCUCCUCCGACCCACAGGAGCCCGGCCCGCUCGGUCGUGGUGACGGCGACGCCCGGCCCUCUGCGGGCGAGGCCGACGCCCAGGCCGCCGGCCGCCUGCGGGAGCAGGCCCUGCGUGCCGCCACCAUGGAGGUGCACGCCGGGCAGUUCCGGGGCCAGCGGGUCUCCGUGUGGGACGUCCUCUUCUCCUCCUACCUGAGCCAGGCCCGCCGGGAUGAGCUCCUGGCCCAGCACGCGGCCGGCGCCCUGGCCCUGCCCGCCCUCGUCGCCACCCUCACCCAGGUCAUCGAGGAGGCGGAGGAGCGGCUGAGCAAACUGUCCUUCCGGGGCCUGAGGCGCCAGGUGUCGGCGUCCGAGCUGCGCACGUCCGGGAUCCUGGGCCCCGAGACCCUGCGGGACCUGGCCCAGGGCACCAAGACCCCGCAGGAGGUGACGGAGAUGGACUCGGUCAAGCGCUACCUGGAGGGCACGAGCUGCAUCGCGGGCGUGCUGGCGCCCGCCAAGGACGAGCCCGGGCGGCAGGAGAAGAUGAGCAUCUACCAGGCCAUGUGGAAGGGCGUCCUGCGGCCGGGCACGGCCCUGGUGCUGCUGGAGGCGCAGGCGGCCACCGGCUUCGUCAUCGACCCCGUGCGCAACCAGCGGCUGUCCGUGGAGGAGGCGGUGGCCGCGGGCGUGGUGGGCGGCGAGAUCCGGGAGAAGCUGCUGUCGGCCGAGCGCGCCGUCACCGGCUACACCGACCCCUACACCGGCGAGCGGAUCUCCCUGUUCCAGGCCAUGAAGAAGGACCUCAUCGUGCGGGACCACGGCAUCCGCCUGCUGGAGGCCCAGAUCGCCACGGGCGGCAUCAUCGACCCCGUGCACAGCCACCGCCUGCCCGUGCACGUGGCCUACGAGCGCGGCUACUUCGACGAGGAGAUGAGCCGCGUCCUGGCGGACCCCGGCGACGACACCAAGGGCUUCUUCGACCCCAGCACGCACGAGAACCUCACCUACCGGCAGCUGCUGGGGCGCUGCGUGGAGGACCCCGAGACGGGCCUCUACAUGCUGCAGCUGGCCGGCCGGGACUCCGCCGUGCACCAGCUGAGCGAGGAGCUGCGCGGCGCCCUGCGUGACGCCCGCGUGACGCCGGGCUCGGGCGCCCUGCAGGGCCAGAGCCUCUCCGUCUGGGAGCUCCUCUUCCGUCGGGAGGUUCCCGAGAGCCUGCGGCAGGACCUGCUGCUCAGGUGCCAGGCGGGCACGCUGACCGCGCAGGGGGUGGCCGCCGCCCUCACCUCGCUGGCGGCCCGGGCCGAGGACGGGGUCCCGCUCCCGGCCCCCCCGGACCCUCGGGGGGCCCUGAGUGCCGCCACCAUGGAGGUCAAGGUGGGACGCCUGCGGGGGCCGGCGCAGCCCGUGUGGGACGUGCUGGCGUCCAGCUACGUGGGCGGCGCCACGCGGGAGCAGCUGCUGGCCCAGUUCGGCUCGGGGACGCUGGGCUUGCCCGCGCUGACCCGCAGGCUGACCGCCAUCAUCGAGGAGGCCGAGGCGGCCCACGGGUCCGAGCGCGCACAGGGGCACGCCUCCUCCGACCCACAGGAGCCCGGCCCGCUCGGUCGUGGUGACGGCGACGCCCGGCCCUCUGCGGGCGAGGCCGACGCCCAGGCCGCCGGCCGCCUGCGGGAGCAGGCCCUGCGUGCCGCCACCAUGGAGGUGCACGCCGGGCAGUUCCGGGGCCAGCGGGUCUCCGUGUGGGACGUCCUCUUCUCCUCCUACCUGAGCCAGGCCCGCCGGGAUGAGCUCCUGGCCCAGCACGCGGCCGGCGCCCUGGCCCUGCCCGCCCUCGUCGCCACCCUCACCCAGGUCAUCGAGGAGGCGGAGGAGCGGCUGAGCAAACUGUCCUUCCGGGGCCUGAGGCGCCAGGUGUCGGCGUCCGAGCUGCGCACGUCCGGGAUCCUGGGCCCCGAGACCCUGCGGGACCUGGCCCAGGGCACCAAGACCCCGCAGGAGGUGACGGAGAUGGACUCGGUCAAGCGCUACCUGGAGGGCACGAGCUGCAUCGCGGGCGUGCUGGCGCCCGCCAAGGACGAGCCCGGGCGGCAGGAGAAGAUGAGCAUCUACCAGGCCAUGUGGAAGGGCGUCCUGCGGCCGGGCACGGCCCUGGUGCUGCUGGAGGCGCAGGCGGCCACCGGCUUCGUCAUCGACCCCGUGCGCAACCAGCGGCUGUCCGUGGAGGAGGCGGUGGCCGCGGGCGUGGUGGGCGGCGAGAUCCGGGAGAAGCUGCUGUCGGCCGAGCGCGCCGUCACCGGCUACACCGACCCCUACACCGGCGAGCGGAUCUCCCUGUUCCAGGCCAUGAAGAAGGACCUCAUCGUGCGGGACCACGGCAUCCGCCUGCUGGAGGCCCAGAUCGCCACGGGCGGCAUCAUCGACCCCGUGCACAGCCACCGCCUGCCCGUGCACGUGGCCUACGAGCGCGGCUACUUCGACGAGGAGAUGAGCCGCGUCCUGGCGGACCCCGGCGACGACACCAAGGGCUUCUUCGACCCCAGCACGCACGAGAACCUCACCUACCGGCAGCUGCUGGGGCGCUGCGUGGAGGACCCCGAGACGGGCCUCUACAUGCUGCAGCUGGCCGGCCGGGACUCCGCCGUGCACCAGCUGAGCGAGGAGCUGCGCGGCGCCCUGCGUGACGCCCGCGUGACGCCGGGCUCGGGCGCCCUGCAGGGCCAGAGCCUCUCCGUCUGGGAGCUCCUCUUCCGUCGGGAGGUUCCCGAGAGCCUGCGGCAGGACCUGCUGCUCAGGUGCCAGGCGGGCACGCUGACCGCGCAGGGGGUGGCCGCCGCCCUCACCUCGCUGGCGGCCCGGGCCGAGGACGGGGUCCCGCUCCCGGCCCCCCCGGACCCUCGGGGGGCCCUGAGUGCCGCCACCAUGGAGGUCAAGGUGGGACGCCUGCGGGGGCCGGCGCAGCCCGUGUGGGACGUGCUGGCGUCCAGCUACGUGGGCGGCGCCACGCGGGAGCAGCUGCUGGCCCAGUUCGGCUCGGGGACGCUGGGCUUGCCCGCGCUGACCCGCAGGCUGACCGCCAUCAUCGAGGAGGCCGAGGCGGCCCACGGGUCCGAGCGCGCACAGGGGCACGCCUCCUCCGACCCACAGGAGCCCGGCCCGCUCGGUCGUGGUGACGGCGACGCCCGGCCCUCUGCGGGCGAGGCCGACGCCCAGGCCGCCGGCCGCCUGCGGGAGCAGGCCCUGCGUGCCGCCACCAUGGAGGUGCACGCCGGGCAGUUCCGGGGCCAGCGGGUCUCCGUGUGGGACGUCCUCUUCUCCUCCUACCUGAGCCAGGCCCGCCGGGAUGAGCUCCUGGCCCAGCACGCGGCCGGCGCCCUGGCCCUGCCCGCCCUCGUCGCCACCCUCACCCAGGUCAUCGAGGAGGCGGAGGAGCGGCUGAGCAAACUGUCCUUCCGGGGCCUGAGGCGCCAGGUGUCGGCGUCCGAGCUGCGCACGUCCGGGAUCCUGGGCCCCGAGACCCUGCGGGACCUGGCCCAGGGCACCAAGACCCCGCAGGAGGUGACGGAGAUGGACUCGGUCAAGCGCUACCUGGAGGGCACGAGCUGCAUCGCGGGCGUGCUGGCGCCCGCCAAGGACGAGCCCGGGCGGCAGGAGAAGAUGAGCAUCUACCAGGCCAUGUGGAAGGGCGUCCUGCGGCCGGGCACGGCCCUGGUGCUGCUGGAGGCGCAGGCGGCCACCGGCUUCGUCAUCGACCCCGUGCGCAACCAGCGGCUGUCCGUGGAGGAGGCGGUGGCCGCGGGCGUGGUGGGCGGCGAGAUCCGGGAGAAGCUGCUGUCGGCCGAGCGCGCCGUCACCGGCUACACCGACCCCUACACCGGCGAGCGGAUCUCCCUGUUCCAGGCCAUGAAGAAGGACCUCAUCGUGCGGGACCACGGCAUCCGCCUGCUGGAGGCCCAGAUCGCCACGGGCGGCAUCAUCGACCCCGUGCACAGCCACCGCCUGCCCGUGCACGUGGCCUACGAGCGCGGCUACUUCGACGAGGAGAUGAGCCGCGUCCUGGCGGACCCCGGCGACGACACCAAGGGCUUCUUCGACCCCAGCACGCACGAGAACCUCACCUACCGGCAGCUGCUGGGGCGCUGCGUGGAGGACCCCGAGACGGGCCUCUACAUGCUGCAGCUGGCCGGCCGGGACUCCGCCGUGCACCAGCUGAGCGAGGAGCUGCGCGGCGCCCUGCGUGACGCCCGCGUGACGCCGGGCUCGGGCGCCCUGCAGGGCCAGAGCCUCUCCGUCUGGGAGCUCCUCUUCCGUCGGGAGGUUCCCGAGAGCCUGCGGCAGGACCUGCUGCUCAGGUGCCAGGCGGGCACGCUGACCGCGCAGGGGGUGGCCGCCGCCCUCACCUCGCUGGCGGCCCGGGCCGAGGACGGGGUCCCGCUCCCGGCCCCCCCGGACCCUCGGGGGGCCCUGAGUGCCGCCACCAUGGAGGUCAAGGUGGGACGCCUGCGGGGGCCGGCGCAGCCCGUGUGGGACGUGCUGGCGUCCAGCUACGUGGGCGGCGCCACGCGGGAGCAGCUGCUGGCCCAGUUCGGCUCGGGGACGCUGGGCUUGCCCGCGCUGACCCGCAGGCUGACCGCCAUCAUCGAGGAGGCCGAGGCGGCCCACGGGUCCGAGCGCGCACAGGGGCACGCCUCCUCCGACCCACAGGAGCCCGGCCCGCUCGGUCGUGGUGACGGCGACGCCCGGCCCUCUGCGGGCGAGGCCGACGCCCAGGCCGCCGGCCGCCUGCGGGAGCAGGCCCUGCGUGCCGCCACCAUGGAGGUGCACGCCGGGCAGUUCCGGGGCCAGCGGGUCUCCGUGUGGGACGUCCUCUUCUCCUCCUACCUGAGCCAGGCCCGCCGGGAUGAGCUCCUGGCCCAGCACGCGGCCGGCGCCCUGGCCCUGCCCGCCCUCGUCGCCACCCUCACCCAGGUCAUCGAGGAGGCGGAGGAGCGGCUGAGCAAACUGUCCUUCCGGGGCCUGAGGCGCCAGGUGUCGGCGUCCGAGCUGCGCACGUCCGGGAUCCUGGGCCCCGAGACCCUGCGGGACCUGGCCCAGGGCACCAAGACCCCGCAGGAGGUGACGGAGAUGGACUCGGUCAAGCGCUACCUGGAGGGCACGAGCUGCAUCGCGGGCGUGCUGGCGCCCGCCAAGGACGAGCCCGGGCGGCAGGAGAAGAUGAGCAUCUACCAGGCCAUGUGGAAGGGCGUCCUGCGGCCGGGCACGGCCCUGGUGCUGCUGGAGGCGCAGGCGGCCACCGGCUUCGUCAUCGACCCCGUGCGCAACCAGCGGCUGUCCGUGGAGGAGGCGGUGGCCGCGGGCGUGGUGGGCGGCGAGAUCCGGGAGAAGCUGCUGUCGGCCGAGCGCGCCGUCACCGGCUACACCGACCCCUACACCGGCGAGCGGAUCUCCCUGUUCCAGGCCAUGAAGAAGGACCUCAUCGUGCGGGACCACGGCAUCCGCCUGCUGGAGGCCCAGAUCGCCACGGGCGGCAUCAUCGACCCCGUGCACAGCCACCGCCUGCCCGUGCACGUGGCCUACGAGCGCGGCUACUUCGACGAGGAGAUGAGCCGCGUCCUGGCGGACCCCGGCGACGACACCAAGGGCUUCUUCGACCCCAGCACGCACGAGAACCUCACCUACCGGCAGCUGCUGGGGCGCUGCGUGGAGGACCCCGAGACGGGCCUCUACAUGCUGCAGCUGGCCGGCCGGGACUCCGCCGUGCACCAGCUGAGCGAGGAGCUGCGCGGCGCCCUGCGUGACGCCCGCGUGACGCCGGGCUCGGGCGCCCUGCAGGGCCAGAGCCUCUCCGUCUGGGAGCUCCUCUUCCGUCGGGAGGUUCCCGAGAGCCUGCGGCAGGACCUGCUGCUCAGGUGCCAGGCGGGCACGCUGACCGCGCAGGGGGUGGCCGCCGCCCUCACCUCGCUGGCGGCCCGGGCCGAGGACGGGGUCCCGCUCCCGGCCCCCCCGGACCCUCGGGGGGCCCUGAGUGCCGCCACCAUGGAGGUCAAGGUGGGACGCCUGCGGGGGCCGGCGCAGCCCGUGUGGGACGUGCUGGCGUCCAGCUACGUGGGCGGCGCCACGCGGGAGCAGCUGCUGGCCCAGUUCGGCUCGGGGACGCUGGGCUUGCCCGCGCUGACCCGCAGGCUGACCGCCAUCAUCGAGGAGGCCGAGGCGGCCCACGGGUCCGAGCGCGCACAGGGGCACGCCUCCUCCGACCCACAGGAGCCCGGCCCGCUCGGUCGUGGUGACGGCGACGCCCGGCCCUCUGCGGGCGAGGCCGACGCCCAGGCCGCCGGCCGCCUGCGGGAGCAGGCCCUGCGUGCCGCCACCAUGGAGGUGCACGCCGGGCAGUUCCGGGGCCAGCGGGUCUCCGUGUGGGACGUCCUCUUCUCCUCCUACCUGAGCCAGGCCCGCCGGGAUGAGCUCCUGGCCCAGCACGCGGCCGGCGCCCUGGCCCUGCCCGCCCUCGUCGCCACCCUCACCCAGGUCAUCGAGGAGGCGGAGGAGCGGCUGAGCAAACUGUCCUUCCGGGGCCUGAGGCGCCAGGUGUCGGCGUCCGAGCUGCGCACGUCCGGGAUCCUGGGCCCCGAGACCCUGCGGGACCUGGCCCAGGGCACCAAGACCCCGCAGGAGGUGACGGAGAUGGACUCGGUCAAGCGCUACCUGGAGGGCACGAGCUGCAUCGCGGGCGUGCUGGCGCCCGCCAAGGACGAGCCCGGGCGGCAGGAGAAGAUGAGCAUCUACCAGGCCAUGUGGAAGGGCGUCCUGCGGCCGGGCACGGCCCUGGUGCUGCUGGAGGCGCAGGCGGCCACCGGCUUCGUCAUCGACCCCGUGCGCAACCAGCGGCUGUCCGUGGAGGAGGCGGUGGCCGCGGGCGUGGUGGGCGGCGAGAUCCGGGAGAAGCUGCUGUCGGCCGAGCGCGCCGUCACCGGCUACACCGACCCCUACACCGGCGAGCGGAUCUCCCUGUUCCAGGCCAUGAAGAAGGACCUCAUCGUGCGGGACCACGGCAUCCGCCUGCUGGAGGCCCAGAUCGCCACGGGCGGCAUCAUCGACCCCGUGCACAGCCACCGCCUGCCCGUGCACGUGGCCUACGAGCGCGGCUACUUCGACGAGGAGAUGAGCCGCGUCCUGGCGGACCCCGGCGACGACACCAAGGGCUUCUUCGACCCCAGCACGCACGAGAACCUCACCUACCGGCAGCUGCUGGGGCGCUGCGUGGAGGACCCCGAGACGGGCCUCUACAUGCUGCAGCUGGCCGGCCGGGACUCCGCCGUGCACCAGCUGAGCGAGGAGCUGCGCGGCGCCCUGCGUGACGCCCGCGUGACGCCGGGCUCGGGCGCCCUGCAGGGCCAGAGCCUCUCCGUCUGGGAGCUCCUCUUCCGUCGGGAGGUUCCCGAGAGCCUGCGGCAGGACCUGCUGCUCAGGUGCCAGGCGGGCACGCUGACCGCGCAGGGGGUGGCCGCCGCCCUCACCUCGCUGGCGGCCCGGGCCGAGGACGGGGUCCCGCUCCCGGCCCCCCCGGACCCUCGGGGGGCCCUGAGUGCCGCCACCAUGGAGGUCAAGGUGGGACGCCUGCGGGGGCCGGCGCAGCCCGUGUGGGACGUGCUGGCGUCCAGCUACGUGGGCGGCGCCACGCGGGAGCAGCUGCUGGCCCAGUUCGGCUCGGGGACGCUGGGCUUGCCCGCGCUGACCCGCAGGCUGACCGCCAUCAUCGAGGAGGCCGAGGCGGCCCACGGGUCCGAGCGCGCACAGGGGCACGCCUCCUCCGACCCACAGGAGCCCGGCCCGCUCGGUCGUGGUGACGGCGACGCCCGGCCCUCUGCGGGCGAGGCCGACGCCCAGGCCGCCGGCCGCCUGCGGGAGCAGGCCCUGCGUGCCGCCACCAUGGAGGUGCACGCCGGGCAGUUCCGGGGCCAGCGGGUCUCCGUGUGGGACGUCCUCUUCUCCUCCUACCUGAGCCAGGCCCGCCGGGAUGAGCUCCUGGCCCAGCACGCGGCCGGCGCCCUGGCCCUGCCCGCCCUCGUCGCCACCCUCACCCAGGUCAUCGAGGAGGCGGAGGAGCGGCUGAGCAAACUGUCCUUCCGGGGCCUGAGGCGCCAGGUGUCGGCGUCCGAGCUGCGCACGUCCGGGAUCCUGGGCCCCGAGACCCUGCGGGACCUGGCCCAGGGCACCAAGACCCCGCAGGAGGUGACGGAGAUGGACUCGGUCAAGCGCUACCUGGAGGGCACGAGCUGCAUCGCGGGCGUGCUGGCGCCCGCCAAGGACGAGCCCGGGCGGCAGGAGAAGAUGAGCAUCUACCAGGCCAUGUGGAAGGGCGUCCUGCGGCCGGGCACGGCCCUGGUGCUGCUGGAGGCGCAGGCGGCCACCGGCUUCGUCAUCGACCCCGUGCGCAACCAGCGGCUGUCCGUGGAGGAGGCGGUGGCCGCGGGCGUGGUGGGCGGCGAGAUCCGGGAGAAGCUGCUGUCGGCCGAGCGCGCCGUCACCGGCUACACCGACCCCUACACCGGCGAGCGGAUCUCCCUGUUCCAGGCCAUGAAGAAGGACCUCAUCGUGCGGGACCACGGCAUCCGCCUGCUGGAGGCCCAGAUCGCCACGGGCGGCAUCAUCGACCCCGUGCACAGCCACCGCCUGCCCGUGCACGUGGCCUACGAGCGCGGCUACUUCGACGAGGAGAUGAGCCGCGUCCUGGCGGACCCCGGCGACGACACCAAGGGCUUCUUCGACCCCAGCACGCACGAGAACCUCACCUACCGGCAGCUGCUGGGGCGCUGCGUGGAGGACCCCGAGACGGGCCUCUACAUGCUGCAGCUGGCCGGCCGGGACUCCGCCGUGCACCAGCUGAGCGAGGAGCUGCGCGGCGCCCUGCGUGACGCCCGCGUGACGCCGGGCUCGGGCGCCCUGCAGGGCCAGAGCCUCUCCGUCUGGGAGCUCCUCUUCCGUCGGGAGGUUCCCGAGAGCCUGCGGCAGGACCUGCUGCUCAGGUGCCAGGCGGGCACGCUGACCGCGCAGGGGGUGGCCGCCGCCCUCACCUCGCUGGCGGCCCGGGCCGAGGACGGGGUCCCGCUCCCGGCCCCCCCGGACCCUCGGGGGGCCCUGAGUGCCGCCACCAUGGAGGUCAAGGUGGGACGCCUGCGGGGGCCGGCGCAGCCCGUGUGGGACGUGCUGGCGUCCAGCUACGUGGGCGGCGCCACGCGGGAGCAGCUGCUGGCCCAGUUCGGCUCGGGGACGCUGGGCUUGCCCGCGCUGACCCGCAGGCUGACCGCCAUCAUCGAGGAGGCCGAGGCGGCCCACGGGUCCGAGCGCGCACAGGGGCACGCCUCCUCCGACCCACAGGAGCCCGGCCCGCUCGGUCGUGGUGACGGCGACGCCCGGCCCUCUGCGGGCGAGGCCGACGCCCAGGCCGCCGGCCGCCUGCGGGAGCAGGCCCUGCGUGCCGCCACCAUGGAGGUGCACGCCGGGCAGUUCCGGGGCCAGCGGGUCUCCGUGUGGGACGUCCUCUUCUCCUCCUACCUGAGCCAGGCCCGCCGGGAUGAGCUCCUGGCCCAGCACGCGGCCGGCGCCCUGGCCCUGCCCGCCCUCGUCGCCACCCUCACCCAGGUCAUCGAGGAGGCGGAGGAGCGGCUGAGCAAACUGUCCUUCCGGGGCCUGAGGCGCCAGGUGUCGGCGUCCGAGCUGCGCACGUCCGGGAUCCUGGGCCCCGAGACCCUGCGGGACCUGGCCCAGGGCACCAAGACCCCGCAGGAGGUGACGGAGAUGGACUCGGUCAAGCGCUACCUGGAGGGCACGAGCUGCAUCGCGGGCGUGCUGGCGCCCGCCAAGGACGAGCCCGGGCGGCAGGAGAAGAUGAGCAUCUACCAGGCCAUGUGGAAGGGCGUCCUGCGGCCGGGCACGGCCCUGGUGCUGCUGGAGGCGCAGGCGGCCACCGGCUUCGUCAUCGACCCCGUGCGCAACCAGCGGCUGUCCGUGGAGGAGGCGGUGGCCGCGGGCGUGGUGGGCGGCGAGAUCCGGGAGAAGCUGCUGUCGGCCGAGCGCGCCGUCACCGGCUACACCGACCCCUACACCGGCGAGCGGAUCUCCCUGUUCCAGGCCAUGAAGAAGGACCUCAUCGUGCGGGACCACGGCAUCCGCCUGCUGGAGGCCCAGAUCGCCACGGGCGGCAUCAUCGACCCCGUGCACAGCCACCGCCUGCCCGUGCACGUGGCCUACGAGCGCGGCUACUUCGACGAGGAGAUGAGCCGCGUCCUGGCGGACCCCGGCGACGACACCAAGGGCUUCUUCGACCCCAGCACGCACGAGAACCUCACCUACCGGCAGCUGCUGGGGCGCUGCGUGGAGGACCCCGAGACGGGCCUCUACAUGCUGCAGCUGGCCGGCCGGGACUCCGCCGUGCACCAGCUGAGCGAGGAGCUGCGCGGCGCCCUGCGUGACGCCCGCGUGACGCCGGGCUCGGGCGCCCUGCAGGGCCAGAGCCUCUCCGUCUGGGAGCUCCUCUUCCGUCGGGAGGUUCCCGAGAGCCUGCGGCAGGACCUGCUGCUCAGGUGCCAGGCGGGCACGCUGACCGCGCAGGGGGUGGCCGCCGCCCUCACCUCGCUGGCGGCCCGGGCCGAGGACGGGGUCCCGCUCCCGGCCCCCCCGGACCCUCGGGGGGCCCUGAGUGCCGCCACCAUGGAGGUCAAGGUGGGACGCCUGCGGGGGCCGGCGCAGCCCGUGUGGGACGUGCUGGCGUCCAGCUACGUGGGCGGCGCCACGCGGGAGCAGCUGCUGGCCCAGUUCGGCUCGGGGACGCUGGGCUUGCCCGCGCUGACCCGCAGGCUGACCGCCAUCAUCGAGGAGGCCGAGGCGGCCCACGGGUCCGAGCGCGCACAGGGGCACGCCUCCUCCGACCCACAGGAGCCCGGCCCGCUCGGUCGUGGUGACGGCGACGCCCGGCCCUCUGCGGGCGAGGCCGACGCCCAGGCCGCCGGCCGCCUGCGGGAGCAGGCCCUGCGUGCCGCCACCAUGGAGGUGCACGCCGGGCAGUUCCGGGGCCAGCGGGUCUCCGUGUGGGACGUCCUCUUCUCCUCCUACCUGAGCCAGGCCCGCCGGGAUGAGCUCCUGGCCCAGCACGCGGCCGGCGCCCUGGCCCUGCCCGCCCUCGUCGCCACCCUCACCCAGGUCAUCGAGGAGGCGGAGGAGCGGCUGAGCAAACUGUCCUUCCGGGGCCUGAGGCGCCAGGUGUCGGCGUCCGAGCUGCGCACGUCCGGGAUCCUGGGCCCCGAGACCCUGCGGGACCUGGCCCAGGGCACCAAGACCCCGCAGGAGGUGACGGAGAUGGACUCGGUCAAGCGCUACCUGGAGGGCACGAGCUGCAUCGCGGGCGUGCUGGCGCCCGCCAAGGACGAGCCCGGGCGGCAGGAGAAGAUGAGCAUCUACCAGGCCAUGUGGAAGGGCGUCCUGCGGCCGGGCACGGCCCUGGUGCUGCUGGAGGCGCAGGCGGCCACCGGCUUCGUCAUCGACCCCGUGCGCAACCAGCGGCUGUCCGUGGAGGAGGCGGUGGCCGCGGGCGUGGUGGGCGGCGAGAUCCGGGAGAAGCUGCUGUCGGCCGAGCGCGCCGUCACCGGCUACACCGACCCCUACACCGGCGAGCGGAUCUCCCUGUUCCAGGCCAUGAAGAAGGACCUCAUCGUGCGGGACCACGGCAUCCGCCUGCUGGAGGCCCAGAUCGCCACGGGCGGCAUCAUCGACCCCGUGCACAGCCACCGCCUGCCCGUGCACGUGGCCUACGAGCGCGGCUACUUCGACGAGGAGAUGAGCCGCGUCCUGGCGGACCCCGGCGACGACACCAAGGGCUUCUUCGACCCCAGCAUGCACGAGAACCUCACCUACCGGCAGCUGCUGGGGCGCUGCGUGGAGGACCCCGAGACGGGCCUCUACAUGCUGCAGCUGGCCGGCCGGGACUCCGCCGUGCACCAGCUGAGCGAGGAGCUGCGCGGCGCCCUGCGUGACGCCCGCGUGACGCCGGGCUCGGGCGCCCUGCAGGGCCAGAGCCUCUCCGUCUGGGAGCUCCUCUUCCGUCGGGAGGUUCCCGAGAGCCUGCGGCAGGACCUGCUGCUCAGGUGCCAGGCGGGCACGCUGACCGCGCAGGGGGUGGCCGCCGCCCUCACCUCGCUGGCGGCCCGGGCCGAGGACGGGGUCCCGCUCCCGGCCCCCCCGGACCCUCGGGGGGCCCUGAGUGCCGCCACCAUGGAGGUCAAGGUGGGACGCCUGCGGGGGCCGGCGCAGCCCGUGUGGGACGUGCUGGCGUCCAGCUACGUGGGCGGCGCCACGCGGGAGCAGCUGCUGGCCCAGUUCGGCUCGGGGACGCUGGGCUUGCCCGCGCUGACCCGCAGGCUGACCGCCAUCAUCGAGGAGGCCGAGGCGGCCCACGGGUCCGAGCGCGCACAGGGGCACGCCUCCUCCGACCCACAGGAGCCCGGCCCGCUCGGUCGUGGUGACGGCGACGCCCGGCCCUCUGCGGGCGAGGCCGACGCCCAGGCCGCCGGCCGCCUGCGGGAGCAGGCCCUGCGUGCCGCCACCAUGGAGGUGCACGCCGGGCAGUUCCGGGGCCAGCGGGUCUCCGUGUGGGACGUCCUCUUCUCCUCCUACCUGAGCCAGGCCCGCCGGGAUGAGCUCCUGGCCCAGCACGCGGCCGGCGCCCUGGCCCUGCCCGCCCUCGUCGCCACCCUCACCCAGGUCAUCGAGGAGGCGGAGGAGCGGCUGAGCAAACUGUCCUUCCGGGGCCUGAGGCGCCAGGUGUCGGCGUCCGAGCUGCGCACGUCCGGGAUCCUGGGCCCCGAGACCCUGCGGGACCUGGCCCAGGGCACCAAGACCCCGCAGGAGGUGACGGAGAUGGACUCGGUCAAGCGCUACCUGGAGGGCACGAGCUGCAUCGCGGGCGUGCUGGCGCCCGCCAAGGACGAGCCCGGGCGGCAGGAGAAGAUGAGCAUCUACCAGGCCAUGUGGAAGGGCGUCCUGCGGCCGGGCACGGCCCUGGUGCUGCUGGAGGCGCAGGCGGCCACCGGCUUCGUCAUCGACCCCGUGCGCAACCAGCGGCUGUCCGUGGAGGAGGCGGUGGCCGCGGGCGUGGUGGGCGGCGAGAUCCGGGAGAAGCUGCUGUCGGCCGAGCGCGCCGUCACCGGCUACACCGACCCCUACACCGGCGAGCGGAUCUCCCUGUUCCAGGCCAUGAAGAAGGACCUCAUCGUGCGGGACCACGGCAUCCGCCUGCUGGAGGCCCAGAUCGCCACGGGCGGCAUCAUCGACCCCGUGCACAGCCACCGCCUGCCCGUGCACGUGGCCUACGAGCGCGGCUACUUCGACGAGGAGAUGAGCCGCGUCCUGGCGGACCCCGGCGACGACACCAAGGGCUUCUUCGACCCCAGCACGCACGAGAACCUCACCUACCGGCAGCUGCUGGGGCGCUGCGUGGAGGACCCCGAGACUGAUCUCCUCUGUCUCCCUCUUAUUUGAUUGAAUUCUCUAUGUCUGGGUAGAGGAAAUCCCAUGCAAAAUGUGUCUUAAAAUCGGUAUAUGUGAAAGUCAGGAAUAAAGUUUAAAAACCCA